AUGACCAGCCGCUCCAACGAAUUCAGAAGCUUCAACAGCAGCUCGCUCUCGUCUUGGCAGGCGUCAUGGAAUCAGAACAGGGGGAGCUCGGUGGUGACGUCCUCUGAAUAUGACGGCUGCAGCAGCCCUGGUGGUCCAGCCAGCAGAAGCUUCAGCACCUCGAGUCUUGGUGGAUACACGUCUUCCUCUUGCCCGUCCGUCUUCAGCAACGAGAAGCUCUUGACGCCGAUGCGCCUAGACAUCGACCCCACGUUCCAGGAGAGGAGGAAGCAGGAGAAAGACGAGAUGAAAAUCCUCAACGACCAAUUCGCAUCCUUAAUUGGGAAGGUUCAAUGCCUGGAGCAGCAGAACAAGAUUCUCACGAUCAGGUGGAGCUUCCUGAAAGAUCAGGACAAUUCCCGUUCCGAGUCAGACAUCAAACUCCUCUACGAACAGUACAUGAGCAAACUGAAGCAAGAGAUGAGGGCUGUCGGCCACGAGCGAGAACAGCUGGAGUCUGAGUUGACUGAGGUGUUGAAGUCCAUGGAUAACAUCCGAAGCAGAUACGAGGAUGAAAUACAUAAACGGAGUGGCAUGGAAUUCACCUUCGUGGAGCUGAAAAGGGAUUUAGACGCUGGUUCCAUGCAUAGAACCGAGCUAGAGGUAAAACUGCAGGGGCUUCAAGAGUUGAUGGAGUUAAAGAAAGCCGUAUACGAGCAGGAGCUUCAGGAGCUGCUGGCAGAAAUCAAGGACAUCUCCGUCGUCAUGGGGAUCGAUAACAGAUGCAACCUUGACCUGAGCCGCAUCGUGGAGGAAGUGAGGGCGCAGUAUGAAGCCCUCGCUUUCAGGAGCUGGGAGGAGGCAGAAGCCCUUACCUGGAGCAAGCUGAACGAAGGAGCCACCCACUCCGCCACGUACAGGGACCAGCUCUUCAGCGGCCGGCGGGAGAUCGCGGAGCUGACCAUACGCAUUCAGAAGCUGAGGACCUGCAUCGUGUCCCUGAAGAGCCAGUGCCUGCGUUUGGAAGAGGACAUCAAAGAGGCCGGGGGAAACGGCCAGCUCGCCCUCCGGGAUGCUAAAGCCAAGCUGGCCGAGCUAGAGGAAGCCCUGCACAAAGGCAAGGCGGACAUGGCUGGCUUGGUGAAGGAGUAUCACGAGCUGAUGAACAUCAAGCUGGCCCUGGAUGUGGAGAUCCUCACCUACAGGAAGCUGGUGGAAGGCGAGGAGAGCAGCAUGGAGUCCCCGACGUGCCCUAUCGUCAGCAGCAUCCACUCCAGCCCUAGGCAUUUUUCAUCCAUCUCCAGCUUCUCGGGGUCUUCCCAGCUGGCUUCUCGAGCGAGGGGCAAUUCUACUGAUGGAAUGACCCGAAAUGGAGCGGUGGCAGAGGCCGUCCUCGCCAGGAGCCAGAGCGGCGGCUCAGCAAGUCGGGAUGCAGACGAACGGCCCAGUGGGGCACGUCCGAAGCAUCGCUUGCUGUCCGACGAAGAACACUGCCGUGAGGAGUCGAUCCCUGCGGAAUAG